UGCACUGGUCCUCUCUCCCCAUUCCAGCUAGGAAGCUGGUCUGCAGGGUGCCCUGAGCCACCCUCGAGACGCCUCUGAACCGGCCUCAGUUUCCCUAUCUGCUAACUUGAGUGAAUGACGCUUGCGGUCUCCUCCCCAGGAUAAAGCUCAGGCGCAGCGGGUGAGGAAGGGUCCCGGGCUCGGCGCAGGCUCCGUGCGGUGCCCCAGGCCCGGCUACUCGCCCCUCCCUCGCGGUCCUCUCCCCCCUCCGCCUCCUCCGCUUCCCGCCCCUGCGCUCCUCGGCUCCAGCUCUGGCCGUCCUUCCCUCACGCACGCCUCCCGGUCGCGGGGUCCUUGCCUGUCGCCGCCCGAGCACCCGCCGCCCCCGCAGGCCCGGCCCCGCCGCAGCUCAGGCGGUCAGUGCGCAGCCCCAGCAGCGUAGUGGAGCCGAUCACUAGGGCUUCGGGCGGACUCCGACCGAAGCCGACCGCCCGCUGCCAGCCAGGCACCAUGCUGUUGCUCCUGCUGGGUUUUCUGGGUCCGGCGGCCUGCUGGGCUCUGGGCCCCGCCACAGGCCCCGGCUCCUCAGAGCUGCGGUCAGCCUUCUCCGUUGCCCGCACCACCCCGCUGGAGGGCACGUCGGAAAUGGCAGUGACCUUCGACAAGGUGUACGUGAACAUCGGGGGCGACUUCGACGCGGCCACGGGGCAGUUCCGUUGCCGCGUGCCGGGCGCCUACUACUUCUCCUUCACCGCUGGCAAGGCGCCGCACAAGAGUCUGUCGGUGAUGCUGGUGCGCAACCGCGACGAGGUGCAGGCGCUAGCCUUCGACGAGCAGCGGCGGCCGGGCUCUAGGCGUGCCGCCAGCCAGAGCGCCAUGCUACAACUCGACUACGGCGACACAGUGUGGCUGCGGCUACACGGCGCGCCACAGUACGCGCUAGGCGCGCCGGGUGCCACUUUCAGCGGCUACCUGGUGUACGCCGACGCGGAUGCCGGCGCGCCUGCGCUUGGGCCGGCGCUCCCAGAGCCGCGUUCGGCCUUCUCCGCAGCGCGCACGCGCAGCCUGGUGGGCUCGGACGCGGGUCCUGGGCCGCGCCACCGACCCCUGGCUUUUGACACGGAGCUCGUGAACAUCGGGGGUGACUUCGACCCCGCGGCCGGCGUGUUCCGCUGCCGCCUGCCCGGCGCCUACUUCUUCUCCUUCACGCUAGGCAAGCUGCCCCGCAAGACGCUGUCAGUGAAGCUGAUGAAGAACCGCGACGAGGUGCAGGCCAUGAUUUUCGACGACGGCACGUCGCGGCGCCGCGAAAUGCAGAGCCAGAGCGUGAUGCUGGCCCUGCGGCGCGGUGACGCCGUCUGGCUGCUCAGUCACGACCACGACGGCUACGGCGCCUACAGCAACCACGGCAAGUACAUCACCUUCUCUGGCUUCCUGGUGUACCCAGACCUCGCCUCCGCCGACCCGUCGGCCCUAAGGCCCCCCGAGCUCUAGGCCUCCGCUUACCGGAGCUCGGGAGGGCCGCGGGGCAUGCAUGCCUAGCCGGGACCACGGCCCGGACGCCCAGCCGGCGCGAGCAUGACGGCCUUCCCAGCGCUGCUGGACUCUGCCAAUAAAGUGGGCCUGCGCCAGUCUGCCCCAGAGUCCUGUUUUGUGU